UACGCCUACACCACCACCGUACCCAUCAUCACCGUCCCCAUCACCACCGCCGCCACCGUCCCCAUCACCACCGCCGCCACCGUCCCCAUCACCACCACCGUCCCCAUCACCACCACCGUCCCCAUCAUCACCGCCACCACCGUCCCCAUCACCACCACCGUCCCCAUCACCACGCCGCCACCGUCCCCAUCACCACCACCGUCCCCAUCAUCGCCGCCUCCACCACCACCGUCCCCAUCACCACCGCCACCACCGUCCCCAUCAUUACCGCCACCGUACCCAUCAUCACCACCGUACCUAUCACCACCAUCCAUGUGGAAGAGCUGUUCAUAGCUGCAGACCAGUUUAUCAUCUUCAGUCUGCAGUGGCGAUGCGCUGAUCACAUCCUGGAGCAACUGUCACCGGAGAACUGCAUUGGAAUUGCAAAGUUCUUCAGCCAUUUCCACUGUCCUGAGCUCACCCAACAGGCCAAUGGAUUUCUAUACCAUCACUUUGAGGCAGUCACAGCAAGAUCAGAGGAAUUCAUGGACCUAACGCUGGAAGAACUGCAGGAUCUGAUCACCAAAGAUGAACUGAAAGUAAAAACGGAGGAUGUCGUCUUUGAAGCCCUCAUGAAAUGGAUGGAGCACGACCCAAAUCAUCGUGGGCAGUACCUCGCCACCUACUGCCUAAGAUAAACAUUCAGGAGAUGGAGAAGAGACUGCAAGGCCUGGAGGGGCAGACGCACAACAUUCCACUGCUGAUGGAAAAGACGAUAAGACCUUCCAAGAGCAGACAUUACCAAUCAAUUAUGUGUUCAUUACAAAAUGUAGUUAUUGUUUUAUUAAAUAGUACUUUAGUCUGACUUUA